UUUUUUGAUUUUUCAUAGUUUUAAGAGGAUUUUUUUAACAAAAAACCAAGAGAAAAUAAUUCCUAGAACCCACAAAAAGCUAAACAAACACCAUGGGUAAAAAGACCAAAGUUGGAAAAGCCCGUAAAGAUAAGUUCUAUCAGUUGGCCAAAGAAACAGGUUAUCGUUCCCGUGCUGCCUUCAAAUUGAUACAAUUGAAUCGUAAAUUUGGUUUUCUCCAGCAAUCUCAAGUAUGCAUAGAUUUAUGUGCUGCUCCCGGUGGUUGGAUGCAGGUGGCCAAACAUAACAUGCCCGUGUCGAGUAUUGUUAUUGGUGUCGAUUUGUUUCCCAUUCGAGCCAUUCCUGGAUGUAUUAGUUUAGUGGAAGAUAUUACCACAGAAAAGUGUCGUCAAUCGUUGACCAAAGAGUUGCAAUCGUGGAAGGCCGAUGUUGUGUUGCACGAUGGUGCUCCCAAUGUGGGUCGUAAUUGGUUGCAUGAUGCCUAUCAGCAGAUCUGUUUGACAUUGAUGUCCUUGAAAUUGGCCACCGAGUUUUUGCGUGGUGGCGGUUGGUUUGUCACCAAGGUGUUCAGAUCGAAGGAUUACAAUGCCCUGUUGUGGGUGCUCAAACAGUUGUUCAAGAAGGUACAUGCCACCAAGCCCAGUGCCUCACGUAAGGAGUCUGCUGAAAUUUUCGUGGUUUGCCAAGGUUAUUUGGCCCCCGAUCGCAUUGAUCCCAAGUUGUUGGAUCCCAAAUAUGUCUUCGAAGAACUUGAUUUAGAGGGCGGCAAGAAGGUCAGUCUGCUGCAUCCUGAAAAACAAAAACGCAUCAAGGCCGAGGGUUACACUGAGAGUGAUAUUGCUCUGCGCAAUGAUUUGCCUGCCACGGAAUUCAUGAAAAGUGAAAAUGGUUUGGCAGCCCUGCAAGGUAUUGGCUCGAUCACAAUUGAUGAUAAACGCAUUGCUGAACAUCCCAAGACCACAGCGGAAAUUUUGGAAUGUUGUAAGGAUAUUAAGGUUUUGGGCCGCAAGGAUAUCAAAGGCCUUUUGGCUUGGUGGAAAGCCAUUAAAGAUGAGCUAUUCAAAGAAGGCGAGACCACUGUCAUUGAGGAAGAGGAGGAGGCCCCCAUCACUAGACCAUUGACUCAAGAAGAAAUUGAAGAUAUGGAAGAUGAAGAAUUGCAAAAACAAAUCCAUGAUUUGGCUGAAGAGGAGGAAAAGGAGUUGAAACGUAAAAAGAAGAAAACCCUGAAGGCCAAGGCAAAACUCCAGGAGAAAAUGAACUUGAAAAUGGUCAUAAAAGGCGAUGAUGGUCCCAAGGAAGAGGCCGAUCAGGAGAUAUUCGAUUUGAAGGAGGUCAAGACCCAAGAAGAGCUGGAUGAGAUGUUGGAUGUGGUGCCAGAUUUUGAGGUGGAAGCGGAGGAAACGGAUAUGCCCAAAUUGCCAAAAUAUAAAAAGUACGACAAAGAUGACAAACGUUUGGAUGAUGAUGGCAACUAUGAAAAUGAUGAUGAACCGGAAAUCUCUGAAGAUGAGGAAAGUGAAAGUGAUAUGGAAAAGGAAGGUUUGGGAUUAAGUGAUGACGAGGAAAAAGACCCAAACAAAACUGUUAACAAAAAGAAAAAGAAGAAGGCCGAACAUCCCCUGAUCAAAUCCAGUGAUUUCCGUGACAAGGAUACCAAACGUCAACAAAGAGUCCAGCUGUGGUAUGAAAAGGAGAAUCUACAAAAUCUCGAUGAUGAUGACGAUGAUGAAAAUUUCGAUUUGGAUCGCCUGGCCACAGAGUACAAGAAUAAAGGCGUUACAGUGUUGGGAGAAACCCAGGAUUCGGCCAGCUCCUCCAAUUUAUUGUUGGGUAAAAAAGCCAAACGUAGGGCCCGACAUGCCGAGGCAAAAGAAGAAUCUUCCUCCUCAGAGUCGUCGAGUGAUUCCGAGGAAGAAGUAGAUGAGGAUGAUGAGGAAAAAGUCGCAGGCGAUAUGUCCAAGGAACCUAAAGCCAAAAAGAUACGCCUCUCCGAGGAGGAGUUGGCUCUGGGUGCCAUGAUGAUCAAGGGCAAGAAAACGAGAAGAGACCUCAUUGAUGGUGCCUGGAAUCGUUAUGCUUUCAAUGAUGAAAAUCUACCCUCCUGGUUUGUACAAGAUGAACAGGUGCACAUGACCAAACCCACGCCCGUGCCCAAAGAACUGCAAGAGGAAUAUCAGCGCAAGGUGCAGGAACUUAAUGUCAGACCAAUUAAAAAGGUCAUGGAGGCAAAGGCACGCAAACGCAGACGUGCUGUCAAACGUCUGGCCAAGGCCAAGAAAAUGGCUGAGAAAAUUAUGGACAGUCCCGAUGCCACAAAUCAAGAAAAGGUGCGACAAAUCAAGAAGAUCUACAAAAAGGCCCAAGAGAAAAAGAAGGAAGUCACCUAUGUUGUGGCCAAGAAACAUCAAACAGGUCGCCGGGCCAAACGGCCGGCUGGCGUCAAGGGUCGCUAUAAGGUUGUAGAUCCCCGUGAAAAGAAGGACAAACGUGCGCUGAGGGCCAAGGAUAAAAAGCAAAAGGGCAAAGGAAAGAAGGGUCGUAAAUAGUUUAGAAAUUUGUUUCUUUAGGUUUUACAAAAAAAUUAAAUAAUCUUAGAUAAGUUUUAAAUGAAAAUGUAAAUUAUAAAAUAUUUUUAUAAAUAAAAAAAUAUUUAGAGGAAAUUGUUUUAUAUUUUUCAUUAAA